AAAAAUAAAUUGAAGUAGGAAAUGUAAUGCCUUUUUUACCUACCACAAUGCAACAUUUGGAUGUAUGUAAUUCGUGGGGCAAUUGUGAACUUUGGUAAAAGGAAUUUUAACAGUGCAAAUUAAGCGAGAGAAAAAAUAUUCACCUGAACAGGGGGGAAAGAUGAGCAGCAGUUCGUUCAGCCCAGCAGAUAAUGACAAGGAUGAUGCUGGCGAAUACAAAAGUGAGAGAAGUGGAAAGGGCCACAAAAAUGACAAAGAAGAACACAAAAAAGGGUUAAAAAAUAAAUCGCGCAGGAAUAGCAGUGGCGAGGCGGGAAAGCGUAACCGAGGAAGUGACCCUUCCAGUUCCCCAAAUUUUAAAAAUCAGCAUGGUGAUAGGCCCAAACAUGUGAAAAAAUCAGAGGCGAAUAAUUACUCCGAAAAUAGGAAAGGCUCUAAGGAAAAGAAAAUGAAACAUGAAGCCCGUAGCAGCAGCUCCUCAUACGAUAAACACUCUAGCAAAAAAAGAAAGAAAGACAAAGAAACACUGCAUAAGUUAAAAAAUGACAAAAAGGAAGACGCCUUGCGGAGGAAGAAAGGAAGGAGAACUCCUUCCCCCCCACGCAGGAAGAAGCAUUGCAGUGAUAGUGACGAAAGUGAGAGGGGAAAUUCCCCCAGGGGAAGAAGGACCAGACAUCGCAAAAGCAAACGGAGGAAGGCCAUUUCUCGUUCGUCUUCCCUUGACGAAAGAAGGGGAAUCCGCAGCAGUCGGGGAAGUAGCUCCGAUGACACGUCGCAAGAGGAAAGUGACUCCAGUGGCACACCCGAUGAUGAUGACUACACGAGCAGCAGCUCCUCCGAUGAAAGUAGUGUAAGCAGUAGUUCGUCAAAAAAAGAGGGGCUCGAGACGGAGGAGGUAGAGGAGACGAAGGUACCGAAAGGAGAUGCCCAAACCGCCGCAAACCAAAAGGAACAAUUCGACGCGCACAUUUACGACAGCAAGGAAAUGAUAAGGUUAACCAUCAACAUCCUCCAGAACUACAACUUUUUAAACAAUUUAAAAAUUUUGUAUCAAAAGUUGGACAAGAAAAAAAAAAUAUCACUUGAAAGUAUGAAGGAUUUAAAAUUAAAAAAAAAACUGAGGCAUUUAUUUAGAGCGUGGAAGUUAGAAAAGGAGGGAGAGUUCUACAGAAAGCCAUUUAAUUUUAAGGAAAAUAUAUUUGACAUUUUUAACAGCUUAAUGUAUUAUUUUUUGUCCAAAUUGGACAUAAAUAAGCUGAGGCAUAAUAUUAACAAAAGGAAGGCUAGCUCGUUGAAGAGGGACGAACCAAAGGAACCUGAUGACCAAGAGGGAGGAGUCCACACUUCACGGGAUGAUUACAAUUUGGACAACUUCAAUUUCUAUGAUAGCAAUUUGAUGGUGAAUUUUCAAGAGGAGGACUACUCCCAUUUGAUGCAGAAUGCUAAGGAACAAAUGAAAAGUUUGAGGGAGUUACAUGAAGAAGGGUGCUUUACAAAUACAAAGGAACAAUAUAAAGAAUUUUUAGAAAAACAUAAAAAAAUUGACUUAUGGGGAAAGAAUGAGCAAGAGCAAAAGUUUCUGCUGAACUCGAAAAAUGCAGUUAAGGAGAGGAGAACCUUUGAUAGGGAAACUGAUUUGGCCAUAAACAGGUUUGUAAAAAAGGACGACUAUAGGAAGUUGAUUAAGCGUACGAAGCAGCACGUGGAUGACAAGUUUCACAAAACGGCUGAUCGGGUUUAG